CCGUAACAAAUUGAAAUAAGUCCAUGUCUCUCCUGGGCUUCCUUAGAUAUGCACAACAUGAAGGCUAAUCAAAAUAUAUCAACAUGUUUCAGUCGCCUUAAAAAAAAAAAGAAGUAUAAAGUAUAAAUGUAUAAGGCAUGAUACAUUUCUACCAUGCCAGGGCAUGCAGAGAGCGCUCUUUCCGAAAUUGAUAGCGACCUCUGGCAGAGAUUAAAGGUAAGUAAGCGUGAUAUCCUCGGAGGGUGCUGAAAAUAUUCGCAUUCCACAUGGCGUGUGAUAUCAUAAAGGAACAGCUAGUUCACAUUUUCCGAAAAUCGACGCAACGAGGCGAGACAGCAAGGCGUUUUUUAUUCAGAAAUCUACAAACCUUGGAGGAAGAUGUACAGACAAUGCAUAUGUCUUUUUGCUGUUGCAAUUAUUUGUUUGUUGGUAGGACGGGGGGAGUGUGGUGAAUGCUGCAGGCUGCGUAAUAUCUUGACCAGUGACCAGGAUGAGACUUGGUGCAGCGACUAUUGCUGCAUUUCCCUGGGGAAUACGUAUUGCUGCGAUAUCAGCGCCAUGCGGGCUCCGGAAGAGGACCGACUUCCGUUUUGCACCGAUUGGUUCCAUGCCCAUGUGUGGGUACCCAUUGUAGUGUCUAUCGCAAUCGUGGCCAUGUGCGUUGGUUGUUGUGUGUGCUGCUGCAGAGCGUGCUGCGGGCGACGACGUGAAACCAUCAUUGUUCAAGGAGGACAACCAGGUGGCACUACAGUGGUUGCACAACAACAGUCUACCAUGUUAGCAGCACCAAUGAGUCCCUACAAUGCCGGGUAUAACCAGAGCUGAUUCCAUUCCUUACGAGAGUCAUUUACAGAAGUCCGUCUAUUAAGUCCAGGAGUUGUGACAACAAUAAUGAAAGUUUUAACCCGUUUUCUUCACAUAACUCGGAUUAUAUCAUGUAUCAAUUUUUUUUUCUGCGGUAACUGUAGUGUUUUAUAUUUUAUCAUCCUUUUAUGUGUUGCAUUUAUUUUACUCCCAAACAAUAGUACAGAUAGUAUCAUCGAUUACUAGUUUAUCGUUUCUUUUCUUUUAUAGGCCUAUGUUUUUGUAUUUGUCAAACGUCGAUCUGUAAAAUGUUUUGUCAAUAAAAAAGAUUCCUGUA